AUGAUUACACUUACCCUAUCAAACCAGCACUUGGUAGAUUCGGCUACCAAGAGCUUGGCCACCUGGCAAAGCUUGUACGACAAAUGCCGGGGAAUCGAAGCCUUCCAUGAAGGGCUCAUGAUGAAAGGAACAUUGGGCAGACUUAAAGUUUUGUUUGACCGCGUUCUUUCUCAGGUCAAGGUAGCUGAAUUCUUUUGUGACCCUCACAUAUUACUCCAUAUUUGGAAGGUCUGUGAUACUCUCAUGAGUGUCAUUCUGGACGGGGAAACAUGGGUGGAAAAGUACAUCGUUGUCGGCGUUUUCCUUCAAUCAUUGCAAUUUCGCCUACGUGACUUGGCUUUCAAGGGCUCUGACCACCUGAUGGUGGUCGUCGAUUCUCUGUUCUCUAUACUCAACUUAACACCUCUCGACCUGAGGAAGAGCUUAGGUCUUGGAUUCUGGAAAGUCGUGGAAAUUCUUAGUUCACGGAUUGGAAAUGAUCAUUUCGUCGUCCUAAAUUUCGGCAUGCAUUACAACCAGAUCUGGUCGAAUAUCUGGGGGCUCGUGGAUGCAGAAGAGUUGCAGACACGAUACAAGCAUUACCCCCUAACAAACGGUGGUUACUGGCCCCCAAUCACAGCUGCGGAUCCCGGACAUCAGGGUGUAUCAGUGCGUGAUGGGCAACUGGAAAGGAUUGAGAUACUGCACAUGAGUGGCGUGGCUUUGAGUGACGUUCUGUCCACUCUCAAUGCCAACAGAAGCGACGAUCGGACCCGAGUGUCUAAAAUUACUUUGCCAUUGAAUCUCGCUGAUUGUGUCUGUCUGAAACUGGCACAAGGUUCUUGCAGAUAA